UCGUACGGUAAAUUUUAAGAUGGCGAACUUUUACAAAAUAAGAAUUUCUUUAUCGUUUUUCCCAAAUAUCACUCUCCGAAACUCUUUUGAGAGAAUUUCAAGGCCAUUCUUUCUCAGUUUCAAUACUGCAGUGGACACUGACAAUGAAAAAAGCGCUAAUAAGGAGGUUGAAGUCGUUUCAAAGGUGAAACAAAGUGAGUUAGCGACGCUUGCAGGUGUUCCAAUGGAGCAAUUAAAGACGAGGAAGGUAACAAUAUUUUCUCCUGCCCAAAAUGCUAUGCAAUCUGGGACAUUUAAUUCAAAAAAUUGGAGGCUUGAGUUUAACACGCAAGAACGCUGGGAGAACCCAUUGAUGGGUUGGACGUCAUCGGCCGACCCAUUGUCCAACAUGGUUGUGAAUUUUUCCUCAAAACAAGCUGCAAUCAACUACAUUGAAGCUCAAGGUUGGGAUUAUGAGGUUGAAGACAAACAGGAAGUGAAAACCAUCGCAAAAUCCUACGGGAAAAACUUUUCGUGGGCCAAACGUACAAGAGUUUCCACAAAAUAAACAUUUGAAUUACUGUAAUUUUUUCAAGCAAUAUAAUAUAGUAUUGCUGUUUUAUCAGAAAUGAUAUAGUUAAAUUCAUGAUCUGUGGCUUUGAAAGUUAGAUAAUUGGGGGUAGGGGAGUCAAUAUUUGUAUUGAUCUCAAACGAACUUAUAUAUGGUAACUUUGAUGAUCAUCCCCAACCCUCUUAAUUAUCAGGCUGGCAAUGUCACUGCAAACAGUGUUUAAAAACAGCUCAUUUUUGUAUAAAUUUUCAAAACUGUGUAUUGACUGAUUUGCCAAAAUUGUAAUGUGUAAAUUUUGCAAACAUUGUUGUUAUGCUAUA